AUGCCCGUCAUCGAUGCGAGAUUGCUUCAGGAGGGGGCCGUUGAGGUCGGGAGCAUCAUAAUGAAGAGAGCCGUUGACCACACUGUCUUGGAGACGCUGGCGGUUCGGCCGUCAGCAUAUUUGGGGUUGGGGGCUUCAUCUACUGGGCUAAUAGGUGAAAAGAAAAGCACCUGGUUGCCGGUUCUCGAACACCGAGUCACCUCAACACCAACACUCAGCUACUAUCUCUCCACCAAGAUGCAAAGCAGGCACGAUUCAAUGAUUCAGGUGCAGGCCACCGAACCUCCAUAA